ACGAAAAAUGACACGUUGGCCCAAACUUGUGAGUAUGACAACACAAUAAUUUUAACGACACUGCUGGCGAGCCACUUUAUCUGGAAUUUUGAUUAGAAGCGCGAGAAAUAGUCGGGAUCUGUUGAUUCUUAAUUUAUUCCAAUUCAAGCAGCUUUGAUAAUGUAUCCAGUUGGGGCUGGCGGUCAGCAACAACAGCAGCAGCGCGCUUCCUUUGGCCACGACUCAUCCAGUUGGGAUGACGGACAUUCCGAUCGUCAUUCGCACAGUGCCCAUUCAGCAACUGCUUCGGUCCCGUUAACCAACAUGCAGCACAACAACCUGGGAGUGGAAAGCGGUCGGGUCGUUUUUAAAGUGCGAUUGGGCAAUGACAUCCGCAGGAUUCCUCUCAACAAUGAGGACCUUACUUAUAACGAGUUUAUCCUGAUGAUGCAGCGAAUUUUUCGGGGGAAAUUGAGUAAUUCGGACGAGAUUGUGGUGAAGUACAAAGAUGAAGAUGGGGAUCUGAUCACGAUUGUGGACGAUCCUGAUUUGGCUUUUGCUAUGCAGACUCAUAAAACAUUGAAGUUGGUUCUGCUAGUGAAUGGUGAUACUGGCGUGUCGAGCCAACCCAAGGGAAGCGACGCCAGUCAUAACACGAUAGAUCUUAUGGAGACAGUGCGAGAGCUUCAAGGCAAGCUGGCGGAGAUUCCGGCUAGCUUGGAGAGCGGCUUCCAGCGUGUUAUGGAGAAGAUUUUGGGUGCUGAAAAGAGUGAUAAGGCAGAGAAGCAGACCCUGGAAUCCCAUCGUACGGAAACGAUUCCGGUGGGUAAAGCUGAAAAAUUUCCUGCAGCUGUCGAUGGCCUGUCGAAUGGUUUCGAUGAACUGAGUCUGCGUGACAGUGGGCGACAGAACCAAGAGCACAUGCGCGCGGAAGGCGAACUGGAAGGCGGUGCCCCCCGCACUGGGGAACAAAAAGAAAUUCCUCUAACAGGACAGAUGCCGCAUCAGCAUUCCGCGCCACCCGGAUCGAAUGCCCCGCCGCAGGCGUUUCAUCCUCAGUCGCAUGGGCAUCCUCAAGCUUUUGGACAGCCGCAGGCCCAGCAACAGCCACAACUCAUUCAGCAGCCAUCCCAGCAGCAGCUGCAACAGUCGCAUAUGAUGCAGCAGGCUGCGCACCAACAGCAACAACAUCAGCUUAUGCAGCAGCAGCUUCAGCAACAGCAGCAGCAACAAUUACAGCAACAACAACUGCAACAACAGCAGUCGCCUCACCAACAGCAAGUUAUGGGUGCGCAUUUGAAAGCCCAGUACUCAUUCCCACCCCCGACUGGCGCUCCGCCUCAGUCGAUGGGUCAGGGAGUUCCUCCUCCACCAACCGGGAUGCCGGGGAUGGCACGACCACCGGGACCCAACAUGCAGCAGCAAAAUCCGGCACAGGGAGUCCCGCCGCCGCCGAACGUCGGAAUGGCCGGCGGUCCGUUUCCCCCGGGGGCUAAUUUCUAUGCUCGUCCGCAGGGCCCGCCCAUGGGACCGCCCCAGGGAUACCAGCCCGGGAUGUAUCAGGGACCGCCGCAACAAUUCGGUGGUCAGUACCCACCGCCGCCAAAGUAACCUUUAUGCAGAUAUUUUUUAUUCGUUAUCGCUAAGGAAGCAUGAUUUGUUUUAUAUAAUUUAUGAAAAUAAUUUUGAUUGUGUUUUACAUACAACAUUUUUUAUUUAGCUGUCUACUUUGUGUUUUUGAUUGCUGGUUCGAUAGAAAGUUGAGUUGCCCUUUGUGGUGUUAUGUUAACUUUCCUGGGCUGUGUAAUUGGUGGUUUCUGUAGAAGCCACUAGACAGAAACGUUUUGGCUUCCUUUAAAUAUCCUAAUCACAACCUGCCCGGACAGCUUCUAAUAUUCUAGUACAUUCGCGGUCGGCACUUUGUGUGGAUUAUGCAAAGUUAUUUACUUCGAUAUCAAUAAAAUAAGGAGGCUG